UCUUCCCCUCCCGUGUAAUUGUGCACAUUCUGGCAUGUAUCGAUGCUGGUACAGUUUAAAUAGUUAAUUUGUUAGUUUUUUUUCGCACACUCAAGAGCCCAAAUAUGGAGAUAAAAUAUGUGGAGAGUUAAACAAUAAUAGUUCACGCUGGCAAUUUUCCCGUUAAUUAAAGCGGACCCAGUUUACAUGUGCUGCUUGCUACCCGGGUGAUUUCAGCCCGCGACCUGCGGUACAUUCGUUGCUUGGUAAAUAGAAUCGUUCUUGCCUCUCGCCUCCAGCCCCCUCAUCUCUUCCACAGCUCAGAAUGAACCCUUUCCCAUCCUUGCCGACACACAUCCAGCCAUAUUGAACACGGACAAAAACAUCCUCUGCCGAGCAGCUUAACGCUCACACUUCCGCGCCUCUCUCCACCGCUGCCUCCUUCAUCUCCACUGUCUCCAUCUUUGGGAAAUUCACAAUGAAAGUCAAAACCAGACCCGUUCUACCCUUCCUCCAUUUCGGCUUGGCCGGGCUGAUGCUGCUGUCCAACGGCUUGGUCCGCCUCGGAUCUGGGAUGGAAGUCAUGGUUACUCCCAACGUUGUCAAGCUGAAUGGGACAUCAGCCAAACUGACCUGCACCUUUAACUCAUGUUAUGAUGCCAGUGACAAGCACUUCUCCUUAAACUGGACCUAUCAAGAAUGUAAUAACUGCUCGGAAGAUCUCUUUGUCCAAUUUCGCCGCCGGGUCAUCAUCUCCAAAACAGACCGCUUUUUGGGUCGUGUGGAGUGGUCCGGCAACCUGGCAAGGAAAGAUGUCUCCGUCACUAUUCAUGACAUCCAGACUAGUGAUGAGGGCAUUUACAAGUGUUACGUCUUAAACCCUCCUGACCGGCACAAAGGAUUGGGAACCAUUCAUCUCAGCGUGGUCACAGAAGUGGCUCCUGAGCGUGACUCCACCGUCGCUGUAAUCAUUGGCGCCUCCGUUGGUGGAUUCCUUGCUGUCGUCAUUCUGAUUUUAGUCAUAGUUAAGUGUGUGAGGAGGAAAAAGAAACAAGAUAACCAAUCCGAAGAUCAGAAAACUGAAGAAGAAGGAAAAACAGACGGGGAAGGCAAUCAGGAAGAAGAGGAAAAGCAGCACUAGGGACAGUGAAACUUGGCUGAGGAUGACCUGCCUCUGCUGACGACUGUUGAUCUUCAUGCUUCACGGGAUGUUACCGAUUCUCCUCCAUGCUGCUUUACAUUAAACACAAGUGCUGAUGUGCCCACCUUCCGCUGCGCCGCAAAACCGCGUUCGAUUCAUCGUGCAUGCCGUCAACCUCCAAACUGCGCGCAAGUGAUACCACUGAACAUGGCAGUAUUCAACGCGAGCACUAGCUUCACACCAUCAGCGUAAAUACAAUGCGAAUUAUCAUGCCAAGUGCCAUAUGAAUGUGGUGAAUUAUAACUAGGGUGUUAAUUGUGCACGCUUUAACUGAGCGUCAGUGAGUAGGUGGCACAUUACAAGUAAAAAUAAUAUGCACCCUGCUUCGUUAUUCAUUCAGGGGAACGUAAAUGUAGUUGUUUUGCUUAUUCACUGUUUGGGAGGUUAGCAUUGCCGGCAAGACCAGUAUUUACUACCCUUCUCUAAUCGCCCUUGAGAAGUUUUUGGUGACCUGCUUUCAUGAACCACUAUUGUCCCUCUGCUGUAGUUGAUCCCGCACUGUUGUGGAGUAGGAGUCCCACCAGAGAAGGUGGAUUACCAUCUUCAUAUUCCCACUUGACUCUGUCCCUCAGUAGUGAGUAAAUCACAUGUGAUAGAAAAAAAACUAAUGUUGCAACCAAUUCCGUACAUUUUCCAGCAGGCAGGUUCAAUUAAAAUUGCUGAAGGCGUAUGUAUGUGUUUGUUUUUAAGAAAAGAAUAGCACCUCAAAAUAUCCAUUGUAAUGAUUUGGAAGACUCCAAUUUCUUGGUAGGGUGUGCCUAAGGAAUCCUGAAUAUAUCACAGGAUACUUCUUGUCCAAUUUAUCCAAGAUCAGGGGAAUUCUCAAAAUGGAGGCUUUGACAGGACCAUUCUGAAAUAUCUUCUUGUGUCUUUCCCCCAAGGAAGGAGGUAGUUACAACACAUCUGCCAAUCAGUGGCAGGGAACAUUCCAGACACAUUGGUUUUGUACAGCACAAAAUGGCUUACUUUUUAAAUCCAAUUCCUGUGUGCUAAAUGUGAGGUAAUUUUGUGAUUAGAAAUUGAGCUUGCUAUGGACCGGAAGAGGAUUUAUUUUCAUAAAUAAAAUAAAAACUUUAUACAUAUGAGCACAAGCUGAAGUCCCACACUGCCAACAAUGGAAUAAACAUGUUAUUCUAAACACUGGGGCUGACAAGAGGUUUCCUGGUAAGGUUCCUAACCUUCUCAAAACUAACCUGAAAUUUUCAAAUUGAGGAUGUCUAUCCUGGGCAAUAUUUCCAAUAACCCAGGGAACUGGUGAUAUAGGUCACUGACGUGGGCAACAAACAUUGAGAUAAAGCCCUGUGAAUAAUGGCUUGACUCACAGCCAUGGGAGUUAGAAUCGGGCACUUAUUAAAAGACCUUGGUGGCCUGGUGCCUCUCAUCACCAGUGAUCUGGGUUCAUUUGUAAUCUUUGGUGCUGUUUUUGUGGAGUUUACGUGCUCUCCCUGUGAAUUCAUGGGUUUCCUCUGGGUGCUCUGGUUUCCCUCCACUUCACAAUGACGAGUGGGUGGUUAGGUUAAUUAGCCAGAGUAUGUGUGUGCGUGUGUGGAGCCUGGGGAGAGAUGAUAGGAAAGUCGAGAGAAUAAAAUGGGACUUGCAUAGGAUUAAUGUAAGUAUAUGUUUGACAGUACAGACUCGUAGGGUUGAAGAACCUGUUUCUGUGCUGUGUACCUCUCACUCCAUGAUUCUAUGACUUUCCCAAUCUGAGCCUCAGAACUAAGCUCGGGGAACAGUUCAGAGUUAUCGCUCUGAGAGCCACAACUCUCUGGGAGGGUGGUAGGUUCUUUAUUGGAGGAAUGGAGUAAGAAGGGAAGGGAGGGAGACUUGGAAAUUAUAGCUUGGGGAAGAGAAAGAAGCCAAUUGGCGUAAAAGAGAGAAGGGAAACAGGACCUUGGGGAGGUGUAUCCAUGGAAAUUGUUGCCACAGACAGCUGUGGAGGCCAAGUCUUUGAGUAUAUUUAAAGAAGAGUUGACAGCUCCUUGAUUAGUAAGUGUGUCAAAGAUUACGGGGAGGAAGCCUGAGUAUGGGGUUGAGAGGGAUAAUAUGGAAUAGCAGGGAAAACUCAAUGGGCUGAAUGGCCUAACUCUGUUCCUGUGUCUUAUGAGAAUGUGAGUUUCCAGUUCCUACAAACUAUAAUGUGAAUUAAAAAACUGCAGAUGCUGGAAAUCUGAAAGGAAAUCAAAAACUCAGCGAGUCAGGAAAAAGAAUCAGAGUUACUGUUUUAGGUCAGAGACCUUUCGUCAAAUUCUGAUUUUUUAGGAUCAGAAGGAACAGGAUGGUGAGUGAGAAUAGCCCCCGGCGGGGAAGGCAGGAAGGGGAGGAGUGAAACCCGAUGAUCUUCCCAUGGAUAAACAGUGAAAGGUAAGGAGUGAAGAAAGAGGGAACCAAAGAUUCUGAGCUGGUUGAAAUAAGAGGGCAAUGAGGAGCUGGGUCCUUUAACCAAGAUCUAUUGAAUCACAGGGCAGUGCACUACAUAUGGCUAUUAAGGUGUAGACUAAAACACAAUUUCAAAGUGAAUGAGUUAAUAUUUGAUUAUUUUGUAAAUUAUCAUGAAAUUGAAGAUUACAUUAUCAGGUAUUGUAUGUAAUCAAAUGUGAUCAGAAUGCAUUGUGAUCAAACCAGAUAUGGCAGCUCUGUGUUUCUGACCUCCACUGGGGUUUUAAUACAGCCUAGCAACCUUCUGCUUUACCACGGCAACAUCCCAUCCCUUAUGUCAAGCCAGCAUGUCUAGAUUAACACUGAUGAGGUCCAUUACUAGUCUAUGGACCUUUCACCUUCCUUGCCCUGCCCUACCUGGAUUGUUCCUUCAAAGUUUAACGCUUUAACUAAUGCUUAAGCUUUCAACAACUAAGUUGCUUUGCUUAAGUCCCUAUUAUUAGUCUUCCUUGUCCAAGGACCUGAAUUUAUUCCUAGCUGGGCAUUAUUUUUUAAAUGGGAAUGCUCUCCUGUUUCAGCCUGCUGUUGUUCCAAGUCCACAGAGAACAUGACCAGUGUGAAAGUAGCAAGAGAUAAUUUGGAGGCAUAUUGUAUUGUGGGCUCAGCUUCUGACCCUGACAUCAAUCUGACAAUUUAACUUCAGUUAGAUUGCCAACUUUGCUUUUGCAUAUUUUAGGAGGUUUUGUCGCAUGAUCUGUAAGUUGGCUAGCCCCUCCCUAGGUCCCCACCAUUGGUGCCUGACACAUCCAUUGUCACAGUUGUCCACCUUUUAUCCCAUUGGAAAAAAAAGGCCCUUCAAAUUACCCACUAUGAGACUGUUGGCCAUUUAAUACCGUAAAGCAGGUGAAUCUGGAGGUCCCAGGACAAGCCUGGAGGAGCUGACAAACACACACAUUCGGCUAAUCCAAUGAACUUCUUCUGUCAGUGGUGUAACCCUCCUUGUUACUGGACCCAUGAUGCGCUACCUACCGUGAUGAGAUACCUUUCCCCUCUGAUUUCUAGCAGAAAUAUGAAUGAGUUUCCACAGAGUGAGCAUGUGAUCACACGCGUUAACAGUCACCUUCCUUAACGGACUGACCCACUACAAGUUAUUUUGCUGGGCAAGUUGGGUUGCAUUUGAGAAUUGAUGAUGUUUUUUAUAUCUUUUUCAUGGUAUUUUCCCCUUUGGAGGUUUUCAGUAUUGCCAGAAAGGAUUGUCAGGGAUUCUGGAUACCUGUUAGUUGUAACAUAGUUAAAAAUAAAGUAAAUGUG